GAACUAAAACAAUUGAGAUUUGGAGAGUUUCCUUAAAAAUCUGGGAAUUUGUUAAUAUGUCAAGGCAAACUGGUAAUUGCGCUCAUUCCAUUCAGGAUCUGGUGCAAUCCGGAGAUAUCUUGCUGCGCAAAUGUAACAUAUGCCUGGAUUCAAUUUUCGGAGCAGGAACGCGUUUCCAGUGCAAUGGCUGCAGUGACUGUUUUCACGAGAUCUGUAUUCGACCUCAGGCAACUCUACAACACUCAUUUUACCCUGAUGUUAUUUUCAGUUUCUCUCAAGGGCAGGGGACAGCAGGACAGAACUCACAGAAGUGUGUGGCCUGUUACAAAAGUAUACAGGGGGCUGUAUAUGUUAGCACUAAUGAUAUACACAUCCAUCCAUUUUGUCUUGUUAACUUGACAAAAUCUGUAUCAGAUGAUACUAUUAACUUUCACAAGAAACAAAUGGUCCAUCUUCUGAAGACUUCUGGUGAUCGUCGAGUUGCUAUAAGUCUAGAUCUUGAGUGUCAAAUGUCCUUGUCAGUUGGGGGUGGGCGGUGCUUUAUCUGCAGGCAAAAAGACACAAUAAUUCGUAAUUUUGGCUGGGCUUACAAGUACACUUAUACAGCCCAGGGAAGAUCAACAAAAUUCGAAUGCCAUGUUGCAUGCCUCAGAGCAAAGCUCAAUAAUAAUUUCUUGAACCAAAUUGUUAAUCACCAUCCAGGUAGUACUUACGACCAGAAUACUUAUUUCUUAGAUCUCAACAGAUCGAAACUGGAAAAAUCUGCUAGAGAUGUAGCUGGUUUGGCCUUGCCUGUUGCAGUUGCGGGAUUGGAUCUCAUGAUUUCAGCCUUUGUGGGAUCUCCUUUAUUGAGCUGCUUACUUUCUUGUCUCCUUGAAGCUGGAGCUGAUAAGGUGGAGAAGAAGCUUCGUGGUUCCCGGAGGUAAUUGAAGAUGAUCAAGUGAAAAGUUGCUGGGGGUGCUAGUGUUUUCUGUUUCUCAAUUUACUUUCUAAAUUCAGUUGUUUUUUUUUUUGGGACGAAAAAUUCAGUGUUGUUUAAACUCAGCUUCUACGUUGUAAUAUUUGCUAUUGACACUAUGGAGUGUGCUUUUUAAUA